GCCUCCCAGCGCUGAAAGGAGCAAAGGAGCGCAACUGCCGACCAGCGAACCAAUAUGGCUUCCCAACUCGGCGAUGUGCCCCUGCUCGUUCGCUCGGAGAACUCGUCGUCGGAGCGCCGCGUCACACCGUCAUGGACCAUCACGCAGCUGAAAGCCCGGCUCGAGCCUGUGACUGGCGUGCCUGCCACCUGCCAGACGUUGACCUUGACCGUCGCAUCGCAGCCGCCGCAAGUCAUCGAGGCCGCGGAUGAGGAUACGACGCAAAUAGCGCGAUGGCCGCUGCAGGCUUAUGCAGAGCUGCAGGUUAUCGACACCAGGCCGCCGGGCGCGCGCACGAAUUACAAUGACGUCUCAGCUGUGCAGAAGUACGAGAUGUCAACCAGUGACUACGAGCAGCGCACGGACAGUGUGCUGGCAUGGAAAAAGACCAACAAAUUAGGUCGAUUUGACCCUGAUGCGCCUGGCAUCGAGCAGCAGAAAGUUGAUGCUUCGUUCCGCGAAGUCGAGCAGCGCAACAUCAAGCAGGGCGCACGCUGUCGUCUGCUGCCAGACUCGGACCAUAGACGAGGCACCGUCCAGUAUGUCGGUCAUGUUCCUGAGAUUCCUGGCGGAAUAGGUGCCUGGGUAGGAGUCACCUUAGACGAACCUACCGGCAAGAACGACGGCAGUGUCAAAGGCAAACGCUACUUUGAGUGCCAGCCAAACUUCGGAGUCUUCGUGCGACCCGAGCGUAUCGAGGUCGGAGACUUCCAAGUGCUAGAUGAGCUAGCCGACGAAGAGGAGGAGUUCUGAUCGAAUCAACGAUCACUUCAAACCUUGCAAUUACCAGCUGCGAAUUCCCUAAGGACCAGCACCCUGAAAAUCGCUUCGGAGAGAGCUGGAGUCUCAGAGCUUCCAUUUCGAAGGUACCCAGCCUUAAGCCUAGCAUUUCCCUGCAUGCCAACUUCAGCCUUUCGCGCCACGCAUGGCUGCUUAAACAGGAGGCCGCCGCCACCAGCUUUCCAGACCGACAGCAGAAGCCUGAGUCAAUCGCCUCACUCU